CAGAACCAAAUCCACACAACCUUACAGUUUCGAGUUCGCACACGAUAACACAAAUGAGUUACAGUUCAGAAGACAGCAGCAUUCCGACGACGACGGCCGGGAACGGCCGCAAGUUGAAGGGAGUGCGUCAAAGAAAAUGGGGCAAGUGGGUGUCGGAAAUCCGCGUUCCCGGCACGCAGGACCGCCUCUGGCUCGGCUCUUUCUCCACUUCCGAGGCCGCCGCGGUGGCUCACGACGUUGCUUACUAUUGCUUGCGUAAGCCUUCGACUCUGGUGGGCCUCAACUUUCCCACAAUCUUGCCGUGUUCGGUUUAUCAAGUGGUGGACAUGUCGCCGAGGUCGAUACAGAAGGCGGCUUCGGAUGCCGGCAUGGCCGUUGAUGCUCAGCUGAUCAAUGCUUAUAGUAACAGCUCGUCGCCGCAGAACGGGAGACAGGCAAACAGAAGUGAGCCACGUGGAAUGCAGGGCGAUGGGUGUUGGGAGGAUGCCGGUGAGAGUUCAUCAGUCACUACCGGCGGCGAGGCGCUGAGCAUUUCGAUUGAGGAUUAUCUCUAGAUUCUAGCCACCUAGUAGUAGAAAAACGUCGGACCACCUUUUUUGGUUGACGGUUUUUCUAAGACUGUCAACGUUGGCUGUCUUUUCCGAGGGUGGGAGGUGACGCACGGAGUUGCGUCAUACGUAUUAGCUUGGAGCUUACGUGUUGUAUAUGUGUGUAUUGUGGGCCCGUAUAUUGUGUGUAUAUAGGGGUCCCUCACCUUGUCGGUGAAUUCUGUACCCCAGAAAUCGAAACAUCACUGAUAAUGAUUUAAAAUAGAAAGUUGGUUUUUAGCAAGGGUGUAUGGUCUGAUUUGCAAGCGGAGUUAGCUGAUUUGUUGGGUGUUGACAACUUGGCAUUGUUCAAAAACACGAAAAAUAUCUUGGGCUGUCUACUUAUAUUGGGAGAAACAGAACGGAGACCUUUGCUUAUAUAAAGCAACAACUUGGGAAGAAACUUGGAGGUUGGCAAGUUAAGUUGCUAAGUGGUGUGGGAAAAGAUAUCUUGAUAAGAGUUUGUGGCUCAAGCUUUACCUUCUUACUCUAUGAGUUGUUUUCUUUUACCUAAAUCUUUUUAUAAUUCUCUCCAUCAAAUGUGUGCCAAGUUUUGAUAGGAUUGUAUGUUAGCGUGAGUCAUGGCAUAAUAUUAGGAAUGUAAUAUAUUAUAGUUAUACCUAUUCUAUGUGUAGUAGAGAAUAGAGGUGUAAUUCAAGAGCACUUCUCGUUCCUUCUACUCCUUCCUCUACUCCUACUCUGAGUGCAAAGAUUUGGAAGAGUAUUUGGUUUACUUCAGUUCCUGGCAAGGUUAGGGUUCACUUGUGGCGGGUUUGCUCUUUUAUAUUGCCCACUGUUUUGGCACUCCAGUCCAGACAAGUUUACUUAGAGAAUGGCUGCUACUUUUGUAACUUUAAGGUGGAGUCAGUUGAUCAUAUCAGCCGUGAUUGUUGUUU